AUGCUGGCAAAAAACUACUUUACUCGUGCCUUUUUGUCGACUUUGUUGACCCUGUGUCGUGUCAACAGCUUAAGUAUUCCUGAAUUCCCUCCGCGAAUUAUUGUGUAUGAGGAUAAAAACUUUCUCACCGGACACCUUCAGCCACUUGGGCAUCAACGUUCUCCCAGUGGAGCAGUUAAAGAGUACACUGAGGCUGUCCGACCGGAAGAGUUUUGGGAAAAGCAUGUGAACCUUUCUGUUCCGCUUGUGCUCCGCCAAGGAAUUGGAAAAUCACCAGCUUUAAAUACGUGGAUAAAUGAUGAUUAUUUGAGAGAUAGCUACGGUGAAUUAGAUGUACUAAUCGAGUUAAAGGAAGAAGAUAGAGCACACUCGACUAGAAGAAUGAACAUCUCCGAGUUUCUGUCUCGGUACAAACAUGAAGAUAUUUACGCUGUUAGUCUUCUACCAGAUCCUAUGAGAAAAGAAAUCCAGGUAACCAGGGUGUAGCUCUUUAUAAGUAAAAAUUUUAAUGUCCAUAAUUUUACACCGUAAUUAACACCUUCACGACUUAUUUCUCUGAAUGCAUCUUGUCCGGUAAAUUCAGUUUUCAAUGUUGAUUUUAAACUUCUCCUCCAUCAAACAAAUGAGGGCAAGCCUAAAAAUGACAAAGGGAUGAACUCCAGAUUUUGGAUCAGGCUACAAAAAAUUAUUUUUUUCAAAGAGAGCCAUCUUUUUAAUGCAGGUUCCAAACUGUUUAGCCUAUGUGGUUCUUUCCUUGACUACAUUCAUGAAACCAACUUUUGGAUGAGCUCUGGAGGAACACGCUCAGUCAUCCAUUAUGAUGCAGAUCACAACCUCCACUGCCUGGUUUCUGGACGUAAAGAUUUUAUCAUGAUUGAGAGAAAAUAUGCUGAAGACUUGUACUUCUUUGAAAUGGUAUGGUAAUAAUAUUAUUGAAAGACUUAACAAAAACUUUAUUUUAAAAGAAGCAGAUAAUAAAACAGAAGCACUGCCCAGAGCUAGCAAGACUAUUCAAGGUGGGACAGUGCAUGCAAAAAACCAAAAAUUUGUGUUAAGGCUAACUAAGGAAAGUUUAUAGACUUAUUUCUUGGCAAAAUAAUAUUAUUAUCUUAAGCAAACCCAGCAUGUUCUCCCCUGCCACGAUAUCAUGUUUGAAACCCUCCUAAUGCAGCUCUCCUCAGAUUUUCUCCUCUUGGUUUGCCCCACCCAAACCCAUUCUGUACCCUAAUUCACUGUCAAACAUCAUAAGUUUCUUCAUUUAUUUAAGCCUUUAAACACCCACCUGCCUCUUUUAAUGCAAACUUUAAUUCCCUAUAAACCUUUACCUUCUUUGCCAGGCCAAACCCUCCUAAACCUUUGAAAUCUCUUCUUGACUAUGACCUUGUUCGACUUAUUUGAAUCCAGUGCCCCACAAACUGAAUAUUAUAUAAUUUCUAUUCUUAAGCUUUUUUCAUUUUCCAACAUGAACUGCCCCAUUUAAAUUAACUUUCAGCCAUCCUAGGUAACCCUUUACUUUCUGAUUUUUUUUUUUUCAGAAAGAGUAUUCAGGAUCAUCAUUUUCUGGAAUUGACCCUAAUAGUGUCGACUUGGUGCAAUUCCCACAAGUAGCUAAGGUUCCAUGGACAUAUGCUACACUCAGCCCAGGAGACUGUAUCUAUAUUCCUGCAGGUAAAAAAUAUCAGUAAAAAAUCAACAAUCUUUUAUUAAAUUGUUAUCUUCCAGAUCAUUCUAGCCAACACAUGGUGAUCCAAAGUCUCUACCUGGAUCAAAGCAACACAGAAAGCUAUGAGAAUCUAAAGUGAAAAUUAUAAUUGCACUUUGAAUUAUUAUCCCCAAAAACUCAUCACGACAAAUGCUUUUUAUUCAAAUAUCAAGAGUGUACUCUCCUCACUAAUCGAUAUCUUAGCCACAUACAACCCACAAUCCCUUUCUUUUCACUAACAAAGGGUCUACAACAUCCAAAAUUAAUUGUCAGCUGUUUACAAUGCAAAAUUUACUUAAUCAACUCAUGUGAUAAACUUCGUUCCCCCGCCAUCCAGUGAUACUUUAAAGAAUCAGCCAGUUCUAAAAAAUUUUUAACGUGUACACUUGGCUCUGAGGUUGAGGGGUAUAAAGCAAAAGAAAGUGAAUGGAGAUGCAGAGGUAAACAAUUAAUUUCUUUUGUUUUAUUCUCGUCAGUGUCAAUAUUAUGAAUUUUGAUAAUGGGUCUUGAAAGUCCCCCUGCCUCACCCCUCUGCACUGUUGGAAAAUAGCCCACUGGCUUAUCUCCUGCCAGUUGGGAUUUUUAGUUCAAGGCAGACAAACAAAUGAAAACAUUGCUUUGUUUUUUCAACAGAAUGCAUCCACCAGGUCAGAUCAUACAAGAGAACAAUAUCAGCAACAAUUCUUUUCACCUCUGGACCUCUUUUGGACACACCCUUUAAACCUGAGGGUUGUAAUGAGACAUUAAAUUACACACCCCUCAGUGACGUGGAAGUGCACUGGACAUACCAAAAGGGGGAUGCAUAUAUUGAGAUGGGGUACAUGAAUGUAGAAGUAAUGAGGCACAGUCUUCUAGCUACCAUGAAAGAAAGAAAUGAAGAAAACUUAACUAAGGAGGCGUUUGUAGAGUUCUGGGGAGAUUACGAGGAACAACCGUAUGAAUACCAUGAUGAUAAUAUCAAAGAAGACCCAAGAGUAACUUUUGAAAAAUACUUGGAUAAGAAACACAAGGGAUUUGUCACAAAAGAAGAUAUAUUAAAUAUCCCAAGGGAAACUUUAAAGGCACUAGCACGACUUGUUGAUGUUCCUCAUGGGCCCCAAGCUAAGACUGAAAAUGGUGCAAAACUGGAUAAGAAACUUGCUGUGCAUGAAGACCUAUAAUGAUACAAGGAUGAAAGCAUUAUUAUUUAUUACCUAUCAGUUGAUACUAUUAAAAUACAGUGUACAGUAGAGUUUGUUAUUUUCUAGAGUACAAAGAUUUUUCUGACGUGAGAGAAGUUAGAAGAUUACUCAAAACUUGAACAAAGAUUAUAGAUUCUCACAGCAGUCGAGUAUCGAAAGUAGAGAGCAAAUUACUCGAAACUAAACAAAGGCCAUUCUGGUUUGAUGAGUCUCACAGGAAUUGAGAAUCGAGAAUCGAGAGACGCAACAAUGGAGAAUUGAGUCUCGAUUCUCGACUCGAUUCUCUAUUCUCGAUUCUCGCGAGGAUCGAGAAUCGAGUGUCAACUUACUUUUGAACAGUACCACAUAUUUAUAAGCCAAAGAAAGUGUCAGGAGCUUCAAAAGACAGCAACUUAAAGCUGGGGUACAGUCUACUAUUGCAAUGUAGCUAAGACAGUCAUGCUAUAAUCAUGUAUGGCCAAAUGAAAUACACAGUAGCAGUCAGUUAAUCAAAUUCCUGUUUCUGUGUGAAAACAACUUGCUAUUCUCUGCCAUUUAGGAGCAAAGAUAAGACGUGCCACCUGUCCAGAAAACCUUACUAACAAAUAAAAUUUAAAU